AAACGGGUUUAGCUUUCCUUGUCACUCUAUCAGAAUGAGAAGAUAAACGGAUCCGAUCUAGGUCGUCUCUUCUUCUUCUUCGAUAUCUAUCUCCAUCGUGGAUCGAAGAGCUAAGGUGGAACAUGGACAAAGGCAAAGCAGUGAUGGGUGCUGGCCGGAGAUGGGCCGUCGAUUUCUCCGAUCAAUCUACCGUUCCAUCUUCCCGCGACAUCCUCGAUCCGCCUGGCUUCUCUCGUGCUCCUCCCGAACAGGAUGAUUCAGCAACGAGCCGCCAAAAGAAAGACGCUGAAGCUAAUUGGAAACUUCAGAAAGCAUGGGAAGUAGCGCAGUCACCGUUUAAGAAUCUGAUGAUGAUGGGGUUCAUGAUGUGGAUGGCUGGGAACACAGUUCACCUCUUUAGCAUUGGGAUCACUUUCUCUGCUCUUUGGCAGCCUCUCAGCGCCCUCCAGAGUGUUGGCAAGAUUUUUGAGCCAUUCAAGGAUAACAAGGUGGAGCUACUUAUGCCCAAGCUAGUGUUUCUUGCACUAAACCUUGGAGGGCUAGCUCUGGGUAUCUGGAAGCUCAACACAUUGGGGCUUCUUCCAACACAUGCAUCAGAUUGGGUUUCAUCCUUACCCCCUCCUCAGGAGGUUGAACACUCUGGAGGAGGAUAUGUUUUCCACUGACAAGCAAGUCUCUCUCUCUCUCUGUCUUGUACUUUAAAUAAUAAGCCAAAACUGGAAGAUGAUGAAGACAUUUUUCGUGAGAUAACAGCCAGAGAAACUUAAAUGAUUUUGUUUAAUACCGCCAUGAGGGGGAAAGAUUCAUAUGAACCUUCUCAUCUUGUGAUCUUCAUGUAGCAUUUCCAAAACUCAGAAACCAUAUAGCUUUUUCACUUUUUUAAGUAUCAUGUUCAUCGUUCACCAUUACUACGAACUGUAUUAUUAUCACCAAAGGGACCUAUUCUCCCA